AGUGCGCCGCGAUGUCCUUUUGUGUCCUACACUCGGAGCGCAGCGCAGCGAGCCGGGCUGAGCCCGCGCCCAUGGCCCGGCCGGCCCCCCGCGUUCCGGGCCACUGAGCCCCGCCCGGCCCGGACACGCCACGCCGGGCCCCAAGGCCACCCCAGCCAUGUCGUCUCGGGAUCACCGUGCUGAGUUCUUCAUCAAGACGGAGCCGGCCUCCCCAGACAGCCUGGCACAGCGCAGCCCCAGCGGCUCCUCUGAUGCCAGUGGUCCUCCCCAUGACCCCGAGCCAGGGGCACUGACCCGCCGGCGCCAUGACAACAACCCUGAUGAAGUCUUGCCCCGGGGCAAGUAUGUGCUGAGCUCCCUGCCCAAGCGCCUGUGCCUGGUGUGCGGGGACGUGGCCUCAGGGUAUCACUAUGGCGUGGCCUCCUGUGAGGCCUGCAAAGCCUUCUUCAAGCGCACUAUACAAGGCAGUAUCGAGUACAGCUGCCCGGCCAGUAACGAAUGCGAGAUCACCAAGCGGCGCCGCAAAGCCUGCCAGGCCUGUCGGUUCACCAAGUGCCUGCGCGUCGGCAUGCUCAAGGAAGGGGUGCGGCUGGACCGUGUGCGAGGGGGACGCCAGAAAUACAAGCGCCGCCCUGAGGUGGAUGGGGCCCCAUUCCCCAACACAUUCGCCACCCCCCAGAUUGCCACAGCGACCAGCAAGAAACCAGCCCCCAUUAACCCCAUGGUGUCCCACCUGCUGGUGGCGGAGCCUGAGAAGCUGUAUGCAAUGCCUGACCCAGCGCUGCCCGAUGGGCCCCUCCGUGCCACCAGCGCCCUGUGUGACCUGGCUGACCGCGAGAUCGUCGUCAUCAUUGGCUGGGCCAAGAACAUCCCAGGGUUCCCGGCGCUGUCGCUGGCCGAUCAGAUGAGUGUGCUGCAGAGCGCCUGGCUGGAGGUGCUGGUGCUGGGUGUGGCCUGGCGUUCGCUCCCCUGCGAGGACGAGGUGGUCUUUGCGGAGGACUUUGCGCUCGACGAGGAAGGGGCACGCGCGGCAGGGCUCUGGGAGCUGAGCGCCGCCCUCCUGCAGCUGGUGCGCAAGUACCGCGCCCUGCGGCUGGAGCGCGAGGAAUACGUGCUGCUCAAAGCCCUGGCACUCGCCAACUCAGACUCGGUGCACAUUGAGGACAUGGCAGCGGUGCAGCGGCUGCGGGAUGUGCUGCAUGAGGCCCUGCUGGAGUACGAGGGCAGCCGACGGCCGGAAGAGCCACGCCGGGCGGGGAAGCUGCUGCUAACGCUGCCCCUGCUGCGCCAGACGGCUGCCCGCGCCCUGCACCACUUCUACGGCAUCAAGCUGGGAGGGAAGGUGCCCAUGCACAAGCUCUUUCUCGAGAUGCUGGAAGCCAUGAUGGACUGAGACACGCCCCCGCCUCCCCCUCCCCGCCAUGUGGGGGGGACAGAGGCAUGGACCGGGCUGAGGGGCCUGGGGACAGACAUAGUCCUGGGGCAGGGAGACAGACACGUAGAUGCGGGAGAAGGGCAGGGUGGAAUGGGGGACAGACACACUGGAGAGACACAAACAGGAGGAGUAGGGAUGGGCGGGGGUGAGGACAGACACAUGGACACUAGGGCAACAGGUGCUGGGGGGACAGACACAGAUGCUCUGGCUGGGGGACGGGGGGGGAAUGCAUGGGGACAGUAAGGCAGAUAAUGGAAGGGGAGGAUUGGACUGAUGUCUCUGGGGGGAACUGCAGCGUGGCCACAGGGCUGGGGGAUGGGCAUGCUGGAGACGGACUGGGGGACACUGGUGUCCCCCUCCUCACUUGUCUCUGAACUCUCUGCUUAGGGGAGAAAGUGUGUGUGGGAGAGAAUAAUCCCCCAUCCCAAAGUGGGACCCCCUGAGGCCUCCCAGCCCCUGCCCCUGAGUGGGGGUGAGGGGUUUACAAUAUCCCUUCAAGCAAUAAAUGAACAAACUAUGUAUGCACUUGGCCAGGGGAGGGGAACCCCAUGAGGGUCCCUUGGCUCAGGGCUGGGAGAUCUCUGUAGUGGGGAUACCUUAGAUGAGGAGGAUUGUGGGGGUCCCCUGUAAUUCAGAGGAGGGGAGUGUGUGGGAGUCUCUUAGAUUGGAGGGGGGUAUAUUCUUGUGUCCUGGGAAGGGAAUUGAGAUUUGGGGAGUGGUAAGCCCAUACUUCCCCUUGAAAUAUGGGGGAGGGUACUGGAGCCAAGGACUUCCAGUGGGGUUUUCCAGGGAAAAUCCAGUAGGGUGACAUAAGUGGGGUGAGGGGAACUUAGCAGCAGGGUCUGGGAACCUCCACUAAGUGCUGGUCUCUCCCCCCCCCCAAAGCCCCAGGAUGGUGGAGAGUCUGGAGGGGGUGGGGGUCUGACUGGGGGAGCCCCUGCUGUAGUUAGGUCCUUGGGGAGGGAGAGGGAGGGGCUGAAACAGAAGGCUUCAAUUGUGGGAGCGGGAGCACAGCACUGUGAUGGGGUAGCUCUAUAGAUAGGAAGAGGGGUUGCAAUGGCUUGGGCAUAGUGGGGGGGGGUCCCUCGGGAUGGGAACAGAGGCCAGUAUCCCCUCCACCCCCCUCAAAUUUCCCCUUGCCCUUCUGCCCCCCCCAUAGCAAUAAGCCCCCCCUUUCCCUUGGGGUGGGGGUGAAGAUGCUGAGAAACAUGUACAUAGCAAUAUAUCAGACUGUAUAUUUGUUGCAGGAUAAUACGUGACCCCUUCAUCUCUGCUCCCCUCAGAGGGGUGCACCCUCAGUCCCCCCAUUUCUAUAAUGAGUGGGGUGACAUGGAGGGGGUUUGUAUUAAAUUAUGUAUGUGUAUAUAUUAUAAAUACCUCUAUUUUGUGUAUAGGUGCUAUACACACACAUACAUAGAGCUAUAUUCCAGAGCCAGAAUAAACCAUGGAGAUCUCA